AUGGGAUUACUGGAAAACGAGCAGAGGGGUGCUUGCAUCGAAGUUCAGCUAAAGUGGCAUCAUUAUUGGGUGCAACUCCAGUUGAGCGAUCCUAGUCUCUUAAGAAUCCAAGGACUUAUAGGAGGGAAAUGGGUUCAAGCAUAUGCUGGAAAGACCAUACAUGUAAACAACCCCGCCACAGGAGAGGUGAUAACAAAUGUCCCAUGCAUGGGUAGGAAGGAGAUAAUGGAUGCAAUAUCAUCAGCCUCUGAAGCUUUUAAAACUUGGAGAAAGCUUACUUCAAACGAACGGAGCAAAUGUAUGCGCAAAUGGUACGAUUUGCUGAUUGCUCACAAAGAAGAUCUUAGGAAACUCAUAACAUUGGAGCAAAGAAAACCUUUAAAGGAAGCUAUUGGAGAGGUAACCUAUGCGGCUAAUUUCAUUGAGUUUUAUGCUAAAGAAGCAAAACUAAUAUAUGGGUAUAUAAUACCAACCACUCUAACUGAUCGUAGAUUAUUUGUUCUAAAACAGCCCGUAGGUGUUAUUGGAGCAAUUACACCCUGGAAUUUUCCUUUGGCCAUGAUCACUCGAAAGGUUGGCCCAGCUCUUGCAUGUGGUUGUACAGUUGUUAGUAAUCCUUCUGAACUGACACCAUUGACAACAUUAGCAGCAGUUGAGCUCUCCAUUCUUGCUGGGGUGAACUUGGGUGCUGUUAAUGUGGUUAUGGGGAAUGCUUCGGAAAUCGGAGACAGUCUCUUAAAAAGUUCACAGGUAAAGAAGAUCACGUUCACGGGAUCAACGGCUGUUGGGAAAAAAUUGAUGAACCCUCAAGUUGUGAAAGGUAGUUCAAAUCUUUUCUUUGUAACAUCCUCACAAAUUUCAGUUAGUCCUAACAUGGUUAUAACAUUCUGCUUAAAUAUACCAUCGCAUUUACUGCUUGCAGCGAAGUUCCGUAACAAUGGCCAAACUUGUGUCUGUGCAAAUAGGAUUAUCGUGCAAGAAGGUAUUUAUGAAAAAUUCGCUAAUGUUUUCGUCACUCCUGUGAAAAAACUUGAAGUUGGGUGUGGUUUCACAGAAAGCGUUUCACAGGUUCCACUAAUCAAUGAUGAUGUCGUGCAAAAGGUUGAAUAUUUCCUUCAAGAUGCUACCUCAAAGGGAGCAAAAGUACUCCUGGGUGGUAAAAGACAUAGCCUUGGGAUGACAUUUUAUGAGCCCACUAUACUCGGUGAAGUCAACAACGAGAUGCUCAUAGCAAGGUAAAUAAAAUAAAAAAGAGUAUUUGGCCCUGUUGCACCACUUUUGCGUUUCAAAACUGAAGAGGAGGCAAUUUACAUUGCUAAUAACACAAAUGCAGGACUUGCUGCUCAUGUUUUCACAAUAAAUGUCCAACGUUCUUGGCGUGUAUCUGAAGCACUUGAGUUUGGAAUAGUUGGGGUCAAAGAAGGAAUAACAUCAACAGAGGUGAGUCCGAUUAGAGGAGUUAAACAAUCUGGUCUUGGACGAGAGGGUUCCAAGUAUGGGAUGGAUGAAUACCUGGAGGUUAGGUACAUGUGCAUGGGGAACAUGGGUGGUAAUGCAUAAUUUUGGCCAGCCUUUUUUCCAUGUAUCACGAGAGUUGAGUAUAUAUUCAACCAUAGGUAUGGAGAAACAUAAUUUUAUAUUUGUC